UAGAUCGGAUUCAGGUCGGAUCGAGCUCACCGUGGAGCGGAAGGUACUGGGUGGGCGAGUCAGCAGGACACGAACCUCUCGGUUCGAUUCGUUCGUUUGCGGUCGGUUAAAAGCGGGACGCAGUGCGCGUAAUUGAAUCACAUCGAGUGAAUGAAGCUGGUGCACGGAAGCUUUUUCAAUCAGCGGCCGUGUGUGUGUCUUACCUCUUGCGUAGUGCGAUCAUUUGCAGAUCAUCGAACGAUGCCGUUACUACCGGUGCAGCAGCUGCUGCUGCUGCUGCUGUCCAUUGCAGCGUUUGGGCGCGAUGUCGCUGCCUAUGCGAACGGGUUCAACUAUAACCAGUAUCCGCAGGCGCAGGUGAACGCUUGGACGCAGGCCUGCCGCAGCUUCCAGGCGCAAGCUCUCGCCUCCCAGGCCCAACAGAAUCAGUUCUUCAGCAACAUGUUCCCGUCGUUCGGACUGCCGCCGCUUCCAUUUACCGAUCUCUGCUCGCAGGCGGCGUUCGCUUCGGCCGGUGCCGGUGCCAGUGCCGGCACGUUUGGCCACUCCGGCGGCGAUGGCGGAGGCGUUGGUGUAACUUCCUUCAACAAUCGAUUCGGUGGCGACGAUGGUGGAUAUGGUGGUGGCAAUGUGCAGGGUGUGAGCAUCAGCAGCAGCUCGAACGGGUACGGCCAGGGUGGCACUACGGUGACGCACUUCGGGAAUGGUGGCGCCUCCUCGAACUACAUCCCGCACGGCAAUGGAGGCGGAAUUUCCACGGCCAACCGAUUCGGUGGACAAAACUCGGGCCAGGGCGUGAGUGUGUCGUCGUUUGGGACGGGCAACGGUGGCGGGUAUGCAACGGCCACCCGGUUCGGUGACUCGUCGUCCGGUGGCACUACGCACUACGUCUCCAACAACGGUGGAUCGGUGAGCUCGUACGGCCCGAACGGUGGCAGCUUUGCGUCGGCCAGCCGAUUUGGAGGAUCCGGUGGCGGUGGUGGCAGCUAUGGAAACGGCGGUGGCUACGGAGGAGGUGGAAGCUACGGUGGAAACGGUGUCGCAGUCGGUGCCAGUGUGUCCUCCACCAGCCAUGGCAAUGGGCAGGGAUCGGUGCAGACAAGCGUUUACAAGCAGCACUACUAAGAGACGGGCAAGACCCGGGGCCGCGGAAGACGAUCGAAAUCUGUGAUCUGAUCACGUCCAUUAGCAUUAGUAAUCGAUAGCAGCGGGUCUGAAGGCUUCCUUCGCAGGUCGUCAUUAUCACCGCACAACGUAAUCAACGUAAUUGACAUGCAAUAAAGCUUGCUUCUCUCUA